AUGUUUCAGCUUUGGAAACUUGUUCUCUUGUGCGGCCUGCUCGCUGGGACCUCAGCAUCUCUUCUUGACAAUCGUGGCAACGAUGUUCUGAGGAACCUGAAAUCUGCUCUUGAGAGAGGACUUGCCAGCUUUGACAGUACAAUUGAAGCUAUCUUUCAGCUAUUGAAGACUGAUGUCACAUUGCCCCAGGAAUCCAGUACUGAUGAGGAGGCCCAGGAGAAGACCAAGGAUACUAAGAACUUGUUGGAACAACUCAUUUCUGGAAUCUUUCAAGCAGUAAAUGUGCUUACAGGGGUGAAUAUCAGUAACCUGCACAUCCUGGAUAUCACUUUAGAUGCGACUUUUGAGAACAACACUGACGUGAAGAUCCCCAUCACUGCUGACAUCACUGUGAAACCGACUCUGUUGGGUGAGAUUGUCCACCUGGACCUCAACUUGGUUCUCAAGUUUAGUGUCAGAGUUGAAAAUGAUACCAAGACUGGUGUCUCCAAGGUGGUGGUGGAAGAAUGCAGGAACGAUCAAAACAGCAUCUCACUCACCGAGCUGGGAAGGUCAGGUCCACACAUCUCAGCAGAGCGGGGAUCUCAGAGGAACUGGGAUAGUUAG